AAAAAAUUAAUAAUUUUUCUGACUGACAUACCAAAUAUCCAAUACUCCUGUGCUUUGUGAUUGUUGCGAUCAACUCAAUUGCACUACUUUGAUGAACUUGCUUAACAAUUCCCCAUCGAUGAAUAACACUCCUGCCUUCCAAGUUCGUUCGUCUGCAGUGAUCGUCCAGCAGAUUGCUGCAGUCCGGCCAUUCUUCUCACCAAUCGGCCAAGUAAUACAGCCUGACCGACCACCUUAGCAACAGCCAUAUAGAGAGUUAGGAAAGGAUUGAUUGAGACGAGCUAUGGACACUUGAAGAGCUGGCCAAAAAUAGAGACAAAGUAUAUUCACAAAACAAAUUGAUGUGAGUUGGUCCGUUUUUUAGCCAUUGACAUAUGGGUUGACGCAUCAACUAUAUAUGUAGAUAGAUAUUCAACAACAGGUUCCUGGUUGACCAAAAUAAUAACCGACAACAAAAAAAAAACUAAGAAAAUUGAAAAAUAUGGGUGUAAAUCCAACCGUGAUGCAGCGCUUCCUGCGCGUCAUCAGUAAACCAGGCGCGAAGCCUGAAAUCCAAGGCUCUGCUCCAACCCAGCAUGUUGAGGGGGAAGAUAAUAAUCCAGCCGGCUUCACGUCCGCAACCAAGGCCAAAGUCCUCGAUCGCUGGCUUGACCGCGUUGUCGUCAUCUCAGGCUCCAAGGCUGUAUUCGGUAUUAUUUUCAUUGGGUUGGUGACUUGGGCUUUUCUCGGCAUCCCUUACAGCGACCUUGACAUUUGGCAAGUUCUGAUCUCCGACAUCCAGGCCAUCAUCAGUUAUUUAUUCGACUCCCUGCUGGUGCGUCAGCAGUUGAAUCAGUAUGAUGACGAGAUGCUUGUUGCUGUACAGCUCAAGUCCCGACUCUCGAGUCAUAACCGGAUGAUGACCAAGCUCAGCCAAGAAUUGAACAAGGAAGAAUUGGUAGCUCUGGCCGCUGAAAGCGAAACUAGUCAACACCGACAUACGGCCGAUUUCCAAACCGAACUGCCCAGUGAAAAUCGAUUCGGACGUUUUGUCACCGCAUUCUCGCACGUCAUCGGGCACUUGAUUUCAGUCUCAAUCUACUGGAUAACUGUGCUUGUCUGGAUCGGCAUGGGCCCUAUGAAUGACUGGAGCAACCGCUGGCAGUUGGACAUGAAUUCGGCUUCGUCGGCUGCCAUGGUGUUCAUAUUUUCCUUCCUGGCUAAUAUCCACGAACGUCAUUCGGCAUACACGAAGACAUGCCUGAAUUCUAUCUUUAUCGUGGACUCAGCCCUGGAGCGGAAACUUCGGUCGUUGACCGGCGAUCAAGUAGACAAUAGUGUUGUCGUCAUCCCUGCUCCCAAGAUGAACCCUGUCCAGCGUGCCAUUUUCUACUACGCUGACUUUGUGGGAACGCUUAUUGGUAUCGCCAUUCUCGUAUGUGUAAUCGUUGCAUGGAUUGCAAUCGGCCCGGCUCUCCAGUUUAACGCAAACUGGUGGCUUAUCAUCGGAACAUAUGCGGGCCUAGUCGGUAUGAACGAUGGAUUUGUGCUACGAAACAUGCAGGCGCGGUUGGACGAGUAUGCCGAAGUCGAGUUCGCCACGAUCGACAAAGAGGAUGAAGCCCUGUUCCAUCAAAUGCGGUUGACUACGCCGCCAAGGGAAACAAUCAAUGAAUCGACACUCACGUAUCGAGUUUCCGAUAUCAUGGGCAGGAUCAGUGCACAUGAGAUAACAGUCCUCAUUGGACUUUUUAUUAUCUUUGGUCUUGUUGCUGGAUCCAGCGCAUUGCAUUGGAGCGAGACGGGACAGCUACUUUCAAAUGUGCCCCCUAGUUUGAUCGAGACAUUCUUCAUGCUGAUUCUCAUCACUGGCCACAAUUACGCUGACGAAAGGAAGCGUGCAAACUUGAGGAAUCUCUACGAGCGUCGCCUGAGACUGUUUUCGUUCGUCAGCUGCGUCGAGCUUCACGCACAGGGACCCGCUGGAUUGGAGAAAUCUGCCGUAGCAGUCGCACUCUGAAUCUAGCCAAGCUACUGCUACCUCAUAUGCAACCUAAAAAGUGCUUUUAUCUUGUUUUCUUUCGGUUUCUUUCGGUUUAUAAAACAUGUAUUCAACAUACAUGUCUCACAGUUGUUUGUAACCAAUGUCAUUCGUUAAAGUCAUUUAUAUAUAG